AUCUUAACAAUUCAUACCUUCCCAUUUCUCCAAGCAAAAAUUCUUGCUUAUAAUCUUCAUUUUUCAUCUCAAUUUUAUCUUUUAAUCUUCAAUCAAUCGGAAUGUCCAAGCAGACCUACAAGGUGUGUUUCUGUUUCCGCCGGAGGUUUCGGCUGGCCGCCACGGAAGCUCCGGCACCAAUCAAGUCUCUGUUCGAUCAGUACUCCGAUAAUGGCAUCAUGACUGCAGAUCACCUUCAGCGCUUCCUUGUUCAAGUUCAGAAGCAAGAGAAAGCUACUCUGGAGAAUGCUCAAGCAAUUAUGCACAGUACUGCUCAUAUCUUCCAUCGCAAGGGUUUCAAUCUCGAGACGUUCUUCAAAUAUCUCUUUGGUGACUCUAAUCCUGCCCUUGAUCCUGACCGUUCGGUUCAUCAUGAUAUGACUGCUCCAUUGUCACACUAUUUUAUUUUCACUGGUCAUAAUUCCUACCUAACUGGGAAUCAACUGAGCAGCGACUGUAGUGAUACUCCCAUCAUUCAAGCGCUGGAGAGAGGUGUGAGAGUUAUUGAGUUGGAUAUAUGGCCUAACCCGACCAAGGAUGACGUGCAUGUCCUUCAUGGAAGGACAUUGACUACUCCAGUUGAUCUGAUUAAGUGCUUAAAAUCCAUCAAGAAUCAUGCCUUCUCUGCAUCUGACUACCCUGUCGUAAUUACUCUAGAGGACCACCUUACUACAGAUCUCCAGGCUAAAGUGGCUAAGAUGGUUACUGAAACAUUUGGAGAAAUGCUGUUUGCUCCUGACGCAGAAAGUUUAGGGGAAUUCCCGUCACCAGAAUCUCUGAAAAGAAGGAUCAUCAUAUCUACUAAGCCUCCCAAAGAAUACCUUAAAUCAAAAGAAGCCAAUCCAAAGGGAAAUGCUUCACAGAGAGAGAAUGAUUCAUCUGCGGAAGCUUGGGGUGGCGAAAUUCCCAGCUUUAAAUCCAGGAGUGUUGCUGAAUCUAAGGAUGAUUUGGAUGAUCUGGAAGAAGAAGAGGAAGAUCUUCAAGAUGACACUGUUGCCCCUGAAUAUAGGAGUUUGAUUGCUAUUCAAGCUGGAAAGGGGAAGGGUGGUUUAGAUGAUUGGCUGAAAGUUGACCCCGAUAAAGUGAGACGUCUGAGCUUAAGUGAGCAAGAGCUUGAGAAGGCAGUAAAAACUCAUGGGCCACAGAUUGUCAGGUUCACCCAAAAGAAUAUCCUGAGAGUGUAUCCGAAGGGGAUACGAUUCGACUCAUCUAACUAUAACCCACUGAUUGGGUGGAUGCAUGGAGCUCAGAUGGUGGCAUUUAAUAUGCAGGGCUAUGGAAGAUCACUAUGGGUGAUGCAAGGAAUGUUCAGGGCUAAUGGUGGUUGCGGAUAUGUUAAGAAACCCGAUAUCUUGAUGAGGAAUGGUCCAGAUGACAUAGUCUUUGAUCCUAGAGUUACAUUACCUGUCAAAGUGACGUUGAAGGUAACUGUCUAUAUGGGUGAAGGAUGGUAUUAUGAUUUCUCACAUACACAUUUUGAUGCAUAUUCACCUCCAGAUUUCUACACAAGGGUUGGAAUUGCUGGAGUACCUGCUGAUUCCAUAAUGAAAAGAACAAAGGCGAUCGAGGACAAUUGGAUCCCAUCAUGGAACGAAGAAUUCGAAUUCCCGUUAACAGUUCCUGAACUGGCUGUGCUUCGUAUUGAAGUUCACGAGUAUGACAUGUCAGAAAAGGAUGAUUUCGGGGGGCAAACAUGCCUACCCAUUACAGAGCUGCGUAAAGGCAUACGAGCAGUUCCGCUGUACAGCCAGAAGGGAGACAAGUAUAAAUCCGUAAAGCUACUUAUGCAUUUCGACAUGGUUUAGUUCAGCUAUCGAUCCUAUCGGUGUCGGCUUUCUUUUCUUUUGCGUUUGUUGUUGUGUGUAUAUGCAUUAUAUAUAUAUAUGUUAUUUGUUGGAGUUAUAUCAUAUGUAUGCUAAAAUGUGUGAAUAUUUCUGAGAAUUGUUGUACAAAACCCAACCCACGAGAGAAAUCUAUUAUGUUUUUGGAGU